AUGGAAUCUACGCCCUCAGCCCCAGAGCGCGCUUUCCAUUUAUUCCCCAGGCUCCCAACCGAGUUGCGGCUAGCCGUUUGGCGCGAAUGCCUGCCGCAUUGCGUUGCCGAGCUAGACACCCCCAUGCAUAACGAAGUUUACGGCCGGAAAAAACCGUCGCCGUACGACCAUAUGCAGACGGCAUGUAUGAAUGAGCAUCGGCCGCUCAUCUCUCUUGUCUGCCGCGACUCCCGAGCCAUUGUCUUAGAGGCUGGCAGCUACGUUGGCGAAAGAGAUGAUUUCCCUCCAGAAUGUGAGUGGUCAUCCGGCAAUAUGCUAGACGAAUGGCUCGACCCUGCAAGAGACUUGCCGCACCUCAAUCACUGCCUGGGUUAUGAAGCUCACUACGGCACCGAUGGUAACCCGCUUCUCGACCUUGCCUGGCAGGCAGCCCGGGCACGCCGCGGCGGCUCCCUAAGGUUCGAGUUUCUCAGGUCUUGUUAUAGCGAAGACCUGGAAGUCAUUAAACGACUAUGA